AUGACAGAUACUGUUCCAGGGGACUUAGGUAAUCAGUUGGAAGCCAAGUUAGAUAAGCCAUCAGUAGUGCACUAUCUCUGCUCUAAGAAGACAGACAGUUAUUUUACACUCUGGCUGAAUUUAGAGUUGCUUCUGCCUGUCAUCAUUGACUGCUGGAUUGAUAAUAUCAGGCUGGUGUAUAAUCGAACAAGUAAGGUUACAGAACCACCAGAUGGAGUGGAUAUCAGAGUCCCAGGUUUUGGGCAGACAUUUUCCUUGGAAUUCCUUGAUCCAAGUAAAAGGAGUGUUGGUAGUUACUUUUAUAUGCUGGUGCAAAGUUUAGUAGACUGGGGCUACAAACGUGAUGAAGAUGUAAGAGGAGCACCUUAUGACUGGCGAAAGGCACCAAAUGAGAAUCGAGACUAUUUUGUGGCCCUUCGCAAGAUGAUAGAGUUAAUGUAUGAGCAGUAUGGAAGUCCUGUCGUCUUGAUAGCCCACAGUAUGGGCAAUAUGUACACCCUCUACUUCCUCAACCAUCAGAGUCAGGAUUGGAAAGACAAGUACAUAAAGGAUUUUGUGUCAUUAGGUGCUCCUUGGGGAGGAGUGGCUAAAACUCUCCGUGUGCUGGCUUCAGGUGACAACAACAGAAUACCUGUGAUCAGCUCACUCAAGAUUAGAGACCAGCAGAGAUCAGCAGUUUCCACAAAUUGGAUGCUCCCCUACAACUACACGUGGCCUCCAGAUAAGAUCUUUGUGAGCACCCCCACAGCUAACUAUACUCUUCGUGAUUACCGAAAAUUCUACAGGGACAUCAAUUUUGAGGAUGGCUGGCUCAUGAGGCAAGACACUGAGCACCUCGUCUACCAGAUGGCACCACCUGGUGUGCGCAUACACUGUCUUUAUGGCACUGGAGUGGAAACACCUGAUUCCUUCCAUUAUGAAAGUUUUCCUGACAGAGAACCGAAGAUUCUUUACAGCGAUGGGGACGGUACAGUAAACUUGCAGAGUGCCUUGCAAUGUCAGAAGUGGGUGGACAAGCAAAAACAGGAAGUGGUGAUAUUUGAGCUUUCAGGAAAUGAACAUAUUCAAAUGCUAUCCAAUGAUACUACUAUCUCCUAUGUGAAAAAGCUGCUUUUUGAUUUGUGAUCCCUUGUGUUAACAGUUAUUUUCCUCACCUGUGAUGCCUUCCCUUACAUGUGGCAAAAUGCCUUUUAAUCCCUUGAUAUUUAGAUAUUGA